UCGAUCCCAGGACCCUGGGAUCAUGACCUGAGCCGAAGGCAGACGCUUAACCAUCUGAGCCACCAGGCGCCCAAGGCUAUCAAAAUUGAUGCAGCACCACUUUCCCCACUGCUUGGCAGUGUCAGCCUUGUCAUCAGGAGACUGUAUGGAUGUGGGAUGGCUGUUCCAUAAGGUCAAGACUGAGUCCCCUCCCUUCUCUCACUUUACCAAUGCCCGGUCUCAUGGGGUUAGUUUUGAGCCCCAUACUAUGGCAUCAUCAUCCUCCUUCCCAGCUCCUCGCUCCCGGUCCAAGAAGCCUCUGGGCAAGAUGGCUGACUGGUUCAGGCAGGCCCUGUCGAAGCCCAGGAAGCUGCCGGACUCUGCAGAGGGCACCUCCAGGGACAUUUCACAGCCGAGCUCCCGGGACGACCCCCCACCCCUGGGCCUCAGCUCAGCCUUGUCUCGCACGCCCCCGCCCACACACGACGUGGGUGCUAGCAGCAGCAGCGGCCGCUGGAGCAAGGACUACGACGUCUGCGUGUGCCACAGUGAGGAGGACCUGGUGGCCGCCCAGGAGCUGGUCUCCUACCUGGAGGGCAGCACCGCCAGCCUGCGCUGCUUCCUGCAGCUUCGGGAUGCGACCCCAGGUGGCGCCAUCGUGUCUGAGUUGUGUCAGGCCCUGAGUAGCAGUCACUGCCGGGUGCUGCUCAUCACCCCAGGCUUCCUGCAGGACCCGUGGUGCAAGUACCAGAUGCUGCAGGCCCUGAGCGAGGCCCCUGGGGCGGAGGGCCGCACCAUCCCGCUGAUGUCGGGCCUCACCAGAGCCGCCUACCCUGCUGAGCUCCGGUUCAUGUACUUCGUGGAUGGCCGGGGCCCCGAUGGUGGCUUUCGCCAAGUCAAGGAAGCAGUCAUGCGCUAUCUGCAGACCAUCAGCUGACACUCUUACAUCACCAUGGGACCCAAAAAGUUGGAGCGAAGCUGAAAAUCCAGUUAAGAGAGCCCAGGGCCUCACAGGGCCUCAGAGGGCCUUGGAUUCCAGCCACUGUGACGAGGUGUAAGGAACCAAAGUUUGUAGCACUUUGUAUGUAAUCCUGGGGUUCAGAUUGCCCAUCGGGCACCCAUUACUGUAGGCUCCCCAGGAAGGCUGUGGGGAAGCUGGGGACUUCCCCAGGAAGGUCAUGGGGAAGCUGGGGACUCCCCCAGGAAGGCGUGUGGAAACUGGGGACUCCCCAGGAAGGCCAUGGGGAAGAAAUCAUAGGUGUUAGGAGGUGCUGAUACCAAGAUCACCCAUGUUUUGCCUCCUGCCUCACUGGACACACACAGCCUGGCACAUACCUACAUCUUCUUCCCCUGGAACUGGGCCCUGGGAUAGAGAAGCAUUCUGCCCCCCCCCCCCCCCAGAAGAGGUGACUCACCUGGGCCAUGAGCUAGAAGCCAGGGCUGGUUUCCCCAGUGGCCUGGCAUCAGGAGAAAGCAACAGGUACCAAGUCCUUCACACACUACUGCCCUUCUCUUUCCCAGGGACGUUGUCCACUCCAGAAGGGUAGAGGAAAGAUGCAUUCAGCACUGUACCCUAUUUAUUUUUAUUUCGUGUGUGACAUGAAGACGCAAACCUAGAAACCAUUCUGAAUAGUUGGGAGGGGGGCAAGGAGCAAGUGGGCUGAAGAGAAGGAAAAGUUCAGCCCCUAUCGCUGACUCAGAAGCCCACCCACCGAUGCUUUCCCUCAUGGGGGCCUCAUCAAAGGUCUGACUAGAACUCAUGCUUUUACAAGCUUCUUUACCUCUGUACUGAGAGAGGUCAGCAGUUUUCUUCUGGCAGAUGAUUGUGUACCUCGUAGGACAAAGUUUCAUCUGUUCUCAGUUAAGUCUGUUGUUGAAUUGAAAUGAACUUACUCCCCUGAUGGGUAUUUUGUGCCUCUUCUCUCGCUUCCCCCUCCUAUGCCCCCUCCUUUCACUGGAAAAAAUUUAUAUAUUUGAGAUAAAUUAACAUAUUAACAUUAGUUUUAGGUGUAAAACAUGACGACAUACAUAUUAUGAAAAAAAUGUAUUUUAAUUAUGAAUUAUUUUAUUACAUAAAGACUAUACUGCUUAAGAAGCAAAACCUUACAAUCCCUAUGGUGCCCCCUUUAUGCCCUUAAUCACCUUCUCCCCAUUAGAACAAUUUUGAAUUCUGAAUUUUGGGUUUCAUUGGCUUUUCACUUACACAUCCCUGACCACGUUUACCUUUACAUGGUUUUGUACUGUAUUUAAAUGGUAUUAUAAUGUUUGUAUUCUACAAAUUCUUUUUGUUGACCACAUGUAAGAUUUAUUCAUGUGGAUGCAUGUAAUGCCAGGAAAUUCACUUUCAUAUCAAUAUGUAAAUGUACCAAAAAUGGACAUUUGGUUGUUUCCCAUUUGUUGCUAUCAAAAGCAAUGAGCUGGGCGCCUGGUUGGCUCAGUUGGUUAAGCGACUGCCUUCGGCUCAGGUCAUGAUCCUGGAGUCCCGGGAUCGGG